GUUAGUGUGCGCGUGUGGAGAGCAGCGGCAGAAACACCCAUCGACAUGCUGACAGGAACUUCAAUAGUUUGAGUCCGGCUCUGAUGCUGCACAGAUGCGCUCAAACUCGCAAUGAUGCUGGAAUAAAAUCAGCCAGAUAUGCGGAUAAAGGAUUAAAAUGAACUGUGUGACUGCUCCACAGCUCAACUUACAUUUCCAAGCAGUUUUAAAUCAAUGGCGUUAACUCAUUCAGAACGGGAGCUUGGAUGUAUAAUCACUAUCCACAUUCUUUAUACAGAAAAGAACAGUUUGGACACUCUGCCAAAUAAUACUGGGUUGGAAUGACAUGAUGAACUCAGCCAUACACAUGCUGAGUCGACCAAUGUGGCCUUGUAAACUCUGAAUCUGUGGAGUGUACACCCCUUACAGCCACGCCGAAGAGAUGUACCAGGAGGUGGCGUUUCUAGCCGGCAGCACUGAUCAUCAGUUUACCACCUUCCACUUCAACCCUUUGGAGAACCCCCAUGAGAUCAGCAGCAAAAAGGGCGUGUUUUACAAACGAGUGCAACUGCAGCACAAGCCUAGAAAGGAGAAUGAGAUUUACCGGCAUCUUGCAGGUAGCGUGGACGAGGAUGAUGCAGUUGACCGUGCCGCCAUCAUUAACGUGGGUGGCAUCCGUUAUCGCAUACCAUGGUCCACUCUUGAGGAGUUUCCGUUGACGCGCCUGGGAAAGUUACGGAGCUGCAGCAAUGCCGAGGAGAUCCUCGACUUGUGUGAUGACUAUGACGCUCACUGCAACGAGUUCUUCUUCGACCGAAGCCCCAACGCUUUCCGCUCCAUUGUCACGUUCCUGGCGGCCGGAAAGCUUCGUCUCCUGCGGGAGAUGUGUGCUCUGUCUUUUCAGGAGGAGUUGCUUUACUGGGGUGUGGAGGAGGCAAGUCUGGAGUGGUGUUGCUUGAGAAAGUUGCGUCUUCGGCAAGCAGAGCAGCGGGAGAGACUUCGGCAAGAGGAGGAAGAGGCCGAGCUUGCUUCGCGUCAGUCAUAUGAGGAGGCGCCAUGUGACGGGAGCCCAGAGGAGGGACGUUUGGCUGGGUGCAUGCACAGCCUCAGAGACAUGGUGGAGAAUCCUCACUCUGGGAUUCCUGGGAAGAUCUUCGCCUGCCUCUCGGUAGUUUUUGUGGCCAUUACGGCAGUUACACUGUGUGUCAGCACCAUGCCUGACCUGAGGGAGGAGGAAGAGAGGGGUGAAUGCUCGCAGAGGUGCUUCAACAUCUUUGUACUGGAAACGGUUUGUGUGGGCUGGUUCUCCCUGGAGUUUAUUUUGCGGUUCAUCCAGACGCAGAGCAAGUGCACUUUCUUACGCACACCCCUCAACAUAAUUGACGUGGUGGCCAUCCUGCCCUACUACAUCACUCUGAUCGUGGACUCAUUGUCCGUGAGCGACCGGCCCACUGGCUCAGGAAACAACUACCUGGAGAAGGUCGGAUUGGUCCUGCGAGUUCUUCGAGCAUUACGGAUCUUCUACGUAAUGCGUUUAGCUCGGCACUCUUUAGGGCUGCAGACGUUGGGGCUUACGGUACGCCGUUGCACUCGUGAGUUCGGACUGCUUUUGCUUUUCCUGUGUGUCGCCAUGGCGUUGUUCUCGCCACUGGUCUUCCUGGCUGAGAGCGAGCUGGGUGCCAAGCAGGAGUUCACCAGCAUCCCCGGGAGUUACUGGUGGGCUGUGAUCUCCAUGACGACAGUUGGAUACGGGGACAUGGUUCCUCGCAGUAUUCCGGGUCAAGUGGUGGCGCUCAGCAGCAUCCUGAGCGGAAUACUGCUCAUGGCGUUCCCGGUCACGUCUAUAUUUCACACUUUCUCACGCUCCUAUGUGGAGCUUAAAGAGGAACAGAGUCGGGCCUCCAGGCACAAGCCUGAUUCCCAGGACAGCACCAAAUCCCAGAAUAGUGAGGACUCCCAGGACACCGAUAGUUCCAUACAUGGAAUCACAGAACAUACGGCAGCCAUCAGUGCACACCACCGCAGAUCUGUUGUUACGGCAAGUCAAGGAGUCCCACUGGUCAGGAGAUCACUGAAAUCCUAAUGCACACAGCAGACUGUAAGACUCUGUAAGAUGUGGGACAGGUGAGAUGCCAUAUGUAUUGUAUCUGAAUGAAACAGGUGACUUAACAAUAAAAGACAUUGGGAAGGUGGUGCUAUAAUGGACAGGUUUGUAAGUCCAAAGCACAAUUAUAUAAAGGUUUAGUUCACCAAAAAAGAAAAUUCUGUCAGCAUUUACUCACCCUCUUGUUGUUCCAAACCUGUAUAAUUUUGUGUGGAACACAAAUGGAGUUGUUGGGCAGAAUAUUCAUGCUGCUCUUUUCAAUACAUUACAAGUGAAAUGGCUGGGUCUGUCAAGCUCCAAAAAUGACCAUCAAAGUCUUAUGAAAUAAAAUGUGGAAUAGCUUUGUACGAGGAACACACCAAAAUUUAAGAUGUUAUUCACUGAAAAUCUUUCCCUCUGCAGUAGCUCUCAUUCUCUACUCAGUGGCAUCUCAUUCAUAGUCCUGUAUUCAAAUAUGGCGUAUUAAGACAGGUUGUGCCAGGUUUGAUGUCAAUGAUGCGCCAUUUGUCACGUGUCAUAACCAGUGUGAGGGAAGCCACUUUGGAGGUAUUUAAACUUGGUCACUUUAUGUGUUUUUAAUGAUCGGAUUGCUAUGCUCUCAAAGACGGGUUCAAGGCAGAUGUAGGCAUAUACCUCCAGAAGUGGUUUGAGAUGCAUUCCAUUCGAAACUCGGUUAAAAUGUAAAUGCAUCUGGCUGUUCAAGCGGCAUAUGUAAACCUUACUCCGCCCAAACAGAACUACGUCAGCAUGGGGAAAAUGUGAAACACAACAGCUGUAACCAAGUAUUUCAUGUCUCCCAUUGCGCAGUAAAUAAUAACAAGUUAAGAAACGGAUGCACGUUGUAGGACAGACUGACGUUGAUGAAACUGAAACUAAACACUGCCAAUGAGCGUAGCUGAUGCGCAUGGACAUAUCUUAACUACAACAAGCCCGAGGGGAAAAAUAAAACACUGCACGCACACAGACACACACACCGCACUGGGCAAAGUCACUUGGAAUCAAAUAAUAAAUCACAUCUUUGAAAUUUGCUGUCCGGCAUUAGCUUAAUCACAGAAGUGAACUCUGUUUUAUUUGCAUUAAAUAUUUUUAUUUGCAUAUAGCAGGAAUUAAAGAUCAGAUUUAUAUCCGUUUGGCGGAGACACAUUGAUAUGACCAAGUGUAAAUGGAAUGUGCUUAUUCAAUACUGUAGCUUCCCAAGCUAAAAGCCAAUCAAAAAUGUAGGUAGUUAAACUACAGUCAUGCUACUCUUUUUAAAAAGUAAUCAGUUAGACUACAAGCUACUAAAAAAAGUAGAACAUUGAAGCUAUUUAAAGCAGAAAAUAUUUUUUCACUAUAUAACAAUCAGAUGAUUUUUAAUUCUGCAGUCAGUUCUAUAUUUCAUUAGGGUGACAUUCCCUUACAAAAAUGAAUCAUGGUUUUACUACAGUAACAAUAGUUUAAUUAUGGUAUUUGUAGUAAAACUAUCAUAACCACAAAAUUAACCAUGGUUAGUACAAUCAUGUUUACUAGAAUAAUACUGUAGUAAAACCAUGAUUACUAAAUAGCUACUACAUUAUUAAUGUUGUGAAACCAUGGUAAAUAAAUUCCAUCAAAACCAUGCUUUCUGCCAAAAAACAUGGUUACUACCAAGGGCAUAGCCAGGAAAUGACUUUUGGGUGGGCCUCAAUAAAAAUGGAUGGGCCAAAUUUUGGCCCUUUUUUUUUUUAACCAAAUUUUCCUUAACAACAGAGAGGCGGCACAUUCAAUCAGCUCUUUAACACUUUCAGAAAUCAGAAUUUAUGCAUUUUUAAAAACUAUUUUAUAAAUAUAUAUUUGAAGUCAUAGAAAAAUCUCUAAAAAUGUGGGUGGGCCUGAGUCUAACUUGACUACAUCACUGGUUACUACUGUCAUGGUUACUACAAUAUAACUAUAGUAAACCAUGGUUAAUUUUCAUAAGCAUUAAAGAAAUAGGGUGAAAACUUUAAAUUGGUUACAAAUUUAUUCUUAAAUUGGAUAGUUCACCCAAAAAUGAAAAUUCUCUCAUCAUUUAUUCACCCUCAUGCCAUCCCAGAUGUGUAUGACUUUCUUUCUUCUGCUGAACACAAAUUAAGAAUAUGUCAGCUCUGUAGGUCCAUACAAUGCAAGUGAAUGGUGAUCAGAACUCUUAAGGUCCAAAUAUCACAAAAAGGCAGCAUAAAAGUAAUCCAUAUGACUCCACUGGUUUAAUCAAUGUCUUCUGAAGUCAUCCAGUCGGUUUUGGGUGAUAAAAGACCAAAACGUAACUCCUUUUUCACUGUACAUCUUGACAGGAGUCUCCUUGGCGAUCGUGAUUUCACACUCGUUUAGCAUCAUCUAGCACUCUGCACAUGCGUCAAGCACUAGGAAGUGUAAUCUGUCCUGAAAUCAUGAUGGUGCCUAAAGACUGCAAUGGCAAGAUGUUCAGUGAAAAAGGAGUUUUAGUUUGGUUUGU